UGAUAAUUAAAUAAAGAUACAUAAGAUACAUACAAAGAUACAUAGUGUGCACAAAUAUAGUUGUGUGUAAUUCUAUUCUCAGUGGAGUUAAACAGUCUGAUGACCACAGGCAGGAGUGAUUUCCUGUGUCGUUCAGCGGUGCAUUUGGGAAAAUGUGUAAUAUUUGCCCCUGAGAUAGUAGAUGUACAGUAUAAAGCUAUAAAGAUGCAAGAAAUGAGAAUGUCAGACCAGUUACUGUAUCCCAUAUGUCCUCCACUGACUGCAUCUAAUUCAUCUGAGUUGAAUGAAUCGUCGGAGGUGUGACUUGUUCGCCGCUGCUGUGAAAGAAAGCUGAGAGCGUUUACUGUGCCACAGAUUAGCCCUUCCCUGCUGUUGUGUAACAAUUGCUUCGUCUCGUCAUUUGUCCAACUGAGGACGGUGGGAGGGAACCUGAUAGGGUCAGUCCAGCAUCCAGUCCAGUGGGGAGACUUCCUGCACAGAAAUUUAUGAGGUUACUGGGAGAGUUGGUAUUUCUGGAGCCUGCUGGCCGAUUGGUCUGAGGUGGCUCUGCUACCAUAAAGAGGGCUGACAUUUCUGCUGAGUGUGCACUUCACACCCUAUAUACCCUGUUUAAUCUGUACUGUUAGGACUUGGCAGUGUGUCCCCCCCUUCUUCUUCUUCUUCUUCUUCUUCUUUCUCCUCCUCCACUGGCGGUAGCAGCUCUCCUUGCCAAGUUCAGAAGGUGAGAGGCUCGGCUUCAUUCAGCCUGUUAGGAAACAAUAGAGCGGUGUGAUUACCAGGUGGGACUCUGCAGAAGUGGUUUUAAUGAUGGCGGAUUACUUUGAAAGGUGCUACUGUAGGUGUGACCUUUGACCUUCGCUGUGCUCUGAUUUUAAAGCACAUUGGACUUAAUGAAGGACACUGGGGGACAUUCAUCUGUGGUGAAAUGACUGUUUGGAUGUGAAGUAAAACUGAAGCUAAUCUGCUGUGUUGUUUCUAUUGUUCUGUUGAAAUCAGUCACUUCAAUGGGAUUAUAAUUAGAAUUUUUGAUGGACUUUUGGAUUUUCUGUUUAGUUUGGAUGGGGUUUUAAUGCAGUGACACUGUUAAACUCACUGGUUUGGAGUUAAAAUAAUCAAAAUUCAGUAUUUAAAAUUGAAAAGCUGAAAUGUUUUGAUCAACUGACGUAAUAUUCCCAGAAUAUUAACAUUUGCGAUUCAAAAAAAUGUCGUUGCAGAAAGAUCCUAAACUUCAGGAAUUCUUACACACUUGUAUGUCUGUCUGUCUGGUUUGGAUUUGAAAUCCUUAAUACGUAACAUUUGUGGAAACUGCUUGGAAUUUCUUAAUAGUUUCACACUUUUCUGAUUCCUUAAAGAAAAUCUAAUUUCCUACUAAUCAGGAGAUAAUGGGAAUGUUUUGGAAUAAAGUAUCAUCAAAUGUCCUUCAUCUAGUGUUGCUAUUGGCAGCAUUAUUAAACUGUGAAGAUGUUUUUUCACAUGAGCUGCUGUGAGUCAAGUAUAGAAAAAAGUCUAGUUAAGUGAUUUGUUGAGACUUAGAGAGUCAGAAAAUCUGAAGUUGAGUUCUUUAUGUUGUUGUUUUAUUGGUUCUAUUAAAUGAAGCUUUUCUUUUUUGACAGUGGAAGUCUAUUCUUUUAGGUUUUUGAUCGAAUUCCUUGAUUUUCUUGGUCUCUCAGAGGUCUUUCAUCAGUGAUAAAACCUAUAGUGUUUUAUUACCUCCUGAUUGUUUUAGUUCUGCUCCAAACACAGAAGCUUUUUCUGGACACACCUCAAAGGUUUGCAUGCCUUUGGGAUGUUGAACGUGGUGUUAACAGCCAUAACCACGUGCUAUGUGCCACAUUUGGUUCCUCUGCUGUUGGCAUUUCAUGCUCAGACCUUUGGCUCGCUGUAAGAUGGUAAAUUCCGAGCAGAAUGUCUUCAGAGGGGCCAACUGUUCUGUGUGGAGGCCUUGGCAGCUGACCCCACCCAUCCAAAAUUAGCUGGUUUCCAUGAUAGUAAAGCUGAUCAUGUUCCCAGUGGAGGUCAAAGGUCACUGAUUGAUAAGCAAGUGACAUCGGAACGUUAGGACGUAUUCAGUUCUGCUCUGGAGUAAUCUGUGUGCUCAUGUUUAUCUGAUGAGUGUUUUCUGUGUCUGAUCAGGGUGUGAAGACCACAAACAGCCAACAUGUCUGAAGGAAAGAAAAUGACAUCCAGCCGCAGGCAUCAUCUGAAGAGUUUGAUGCUGCAGAUCGCCGCCAACUGGAUCGAACAGGAGAAGAAGGAAAUCGAGGCCGCAAAGGAGGCGUACAUGGCUGAGAACUGCCCUCCACCCGACCUCAGUGGAGACCAGGCCGCCCUCAUGGAACUCUGCAAGAAGAUUCACGCUGCCAUCGACAAGAUCGAUGACACGAGGUACGACGCUGAGGCCAAAGUGCAGAAGACCGACAAGGAGAUUGAGGAUCUGAAGCUGAAGGUGGUGGAGCUGGCCGGAGUGAAGAAGCCCGCCCUGAAGAAAGUCCGUAUGUCCGCUGACGCCAUGCUGCAGGCUCUGCUGGGAGGCAAACACAAGGUGACCAUGGACCUGAGGGCCAACCUGAAGCAGGUCAAGAAGGAGGUCAAAGAGGAGAACACUGAGGCUGUUGGUGACUGGCGUAAGAACAUUGAGGACAAAGCUGACAGGAAGAAGAUGUUCGAGACUUCCUAAGGCUCUUUAGGAUCGGCCGACGAGGAGGAUGACAGGGGAGACAUUUCUGUCCGAGGUCUGAAGUGACUGAAUGUGUCUGUGUGUUGACACACAGAUGAGAGGCGCUUUUUUGUUGUUUUUUGUUUUGGUAGUUUUUGUGAUACCGCGGCCCCCUCAGAAACUGAACUGACAAAAAAGAACAACAUCAUGUUCACAGUUAAAGCAUUGGAUGCAGGAGCAUAUUUUCCAAAAUGUGCAGAUUUCAUGGAACAUUAGACAAUAAAUCUUUUCAAGUAAU